CUUUGGAUCUUAGGAACGCUUGUGCACCAAUGCUUAUUCUUAUGAGCUUUUACAUGACAUUGAAGAAUUAUCAUCAUGGCUGACGUGGACUUUCACGAACAAGAAGAUCUGAAUGAUGUUUCAUUGGAAGGGGACAUUACUGCUCCUGGGCUGAAAACUGAUGAUGAUGAGUUCUCUACCUUGGAUGAACCUGUCAAGGAUACUGUGAUGAGAGAUCUGCGAGCUGUAGGUAAAAAGUUCUGGCAUGUUCUGUAUCCAAAAACUAGCACAGCUUUGCUAAGAGAAUGGGAUCUUUGGGGACCAUUGAUACUAUGUGUGUUCAUGGCAAUGAUGUUACAGGGAUCAUCAGAUGAUCUAGACAAGAUGAGUGAUGGUGGUCCACAGUUUGCUGAAGUGUUUGUUAUAUACUGGGUUGGUGCAGUAGUAGUUACACUCAACACAAAACUACUCGGAGGAAACAUCUCAUUUUUUCAGAGUGUAUGUGUGUUAGGUUACUGUGUGUGUCCAUUGGCUAUUGCCCUGAUUAUAUGUCGCUGUAUACUGAUCGCUGAUGAACAGACCACCAUGUUGUUUAUUAUCAGAUUUACUGCAGUAGUUGUUGGCUUUGGUUGGUCUACAUUUGCUUCAACAGCAUUCCUAGCAGAAAGUCAACCACCUAACAGGAAAGCUCUUGCCAUGUAUCCCAUAUUUCUCUUCUAUUUUGUCAUCAGCUGGCUUAUUAUCUCUCACACUCACUCCUAGUCUAUUUAUAGAAUGUCUAUUUAUAGUAACAAUAACUAUUUGUACAUUAGGGAAUUAAUAUGGCUUGGGUGACGGCCAUCUGGGGUGUUAUGGGCUUUGUAAUACCUGUGGAUGUUUUCUAAAAAUUUCAAAAGGAAAGGAAAACAGACAUGUGCCAGUUGAGCAGUCUUUGUCGGUAAGCUGCACUUUUGGAGAAAAUUUGUUGUCGAUGUUGAAGGGUACAGAAACUUAUUAGAGGGGAAAUCUGCAGAUUAUGACUGUUGUCUUUUGUUUUGCCUUGUUUUAUUUAAUUAUUUAGCUAGUUAAGAUUACAAUUAUUUAUUCUUGUAUAGAUGUAAAUCAUAGUUUAAUUUCACUAACUAAAUAGUGAAUUUAUUUAGGGUGCAGUAACAGAUUUAACAUGUAAUACUGCUAAAUCAUUAUUAUUUGUGGGGAACUAAUUUUCAUGGUUUUUGUAGAUAGAUCAAUCCACAAAUUAAAGAUCCAACGAAAUUUCAUUUCGUCUCCUGUAAGAUUAUUGUUCAUUACAUUAUUUACAGUCGUUUUACCUUUUGGAAAUAUAAACAAUCCACAAAUUUAAGAAAUCACGAAAAUGUUCUUUGUGACAAAACCAUGAAAUUUCAUGCCCACAAAAUUAAGUUAAUUCAAAGGAAAUUGAUAAUUUUUAAAACCUUCAGAAUUUUUUGUUUAACAUUUAGGAAAUAGAUAAAUUUAUUUAUUUACAAUGUAUUGUUGUUAAAUAUUUCAAGGUUUUUGUUCAAAUGUAUAUAAUCAUAUGAAGGUCAGUUGGCCUAAGUGAUAACUUACAAAGCAUUUGAACUAUGAAACGUUCAUUCAUUGAACUAAAAUGCAAGAAACAUAAAUAUCUA